CUGUCUCACAUGCUGACCUUCUCAUCUCACGUUUCUCGCCCUUAGCAAAAUACCUCGAAAAAGAAAUCUUCAAGAGAAAAAACAAACAUGGAUGGUUCGUCAGCCUCAAGAUCGUAUACCCACAACAGCGAUCCCAGCCGGCAAGUUCCGGGGCACGGUGUCCGUUUAAGCAGCAACCAAUCACACCCCCGGCCCCAAGACGUAGCAGUGACAAGCCGCAAGCCGGCAAGAACGUUUGCAGACUUGCCCGCGGAGCUGCGGGAGAUCAUAUGGGAGUACGCCCUCCCGGAGACGCGCGUCUUCAACGCGCUGGUGUACGCCUCGAGGGGGCUCAAGAUGCAGUUGAUCGAGAGGAGUCACUUGCGCAUGCCGCUCGCGCAUGUGUGUUUCGAGUCGCGGGAGCUUGUCAAGAAGGCCGGGUACGUGCUUGCUUUCUGCGACGAGGACGAGCCCGACGAUUCGGGGGUCUGGUUUCACCCGCGGCGAGAUGUUAUCGAGAGGACGAUAUGGGGUCCAUGCGAGUUCUGGGGCUGGAAGUGACGUAAUACGACGACGGUGAAGCUAGGUUAGUUGCGUCGUGCGCGGUGUGUUUGGAGACAGGCUUUAGAGCUAGCAUGGUGUAUACCAGUUAUCGUAAAUCUCUAGUGUGAGGUCUUUUUUGCAUACAAUUGCUUAGCCUAGCCU